AUGGUGGAGAUUGGUGCGAGAUGGAUGAAAAGCAACCGCCUUGCCACCCCAGAUUGCGAGGAAGAUGGAGUCCAACAAGGCUUCGCUGCCACGCUGCCCACUGCCAUCGGCCGCUGGCUGUCAGGUCCCCAGAUCCGUGCCGCCAUCUUGCCCACCCCGCCUCCGGUUAAUGGCUCUCGGGCUUUCUUCCCCGAUGGCUUUUCGGCUGUGAUCGACCGUGCUCCCCAGAUUGUCUCUGCCCCGCAGAAGACGAGGAGAGCUUGCUUGUUCAAGGCAGCUCGUGCCAGUUUGCCCUUACCUCAUCUUCCUUGA